AUGUCAAAAUAAACAGAUAUUGCAAUUGGAAUAGAUUUAGGAACUACAUAUUCAUGUGUAGGUGUUUUUAUUAAUGAUAAAGUUGAAAUUAUAGCAAAUGAUCAAGGAAAUAGAACUACUCCAUCUUAUGUUGCUUUUUCAGAUAAUGAAAGACUAAUUGGAGAUGCUGCGAAGAAUUAAGUAGCAAGAAACCCAUAAAAUACAGUAUUUGAUGCAAAGAGAUUGAUUGGAAGGAAAUUUAAUGAUCCAACAGUAUAAAAGGAUGUGAAGCUAUGGCCAUUCAAAGUAGAAGCUGGAGCAGAUGAUAAACCAUUAAUUGUUGUUAAGUUCAAAGGAGAAACUAAAAAAUUCCAUCCAGAGGAAAUUUCAUCUAUGGUUUUAACAAAGAUGAAAGAGAUUGCCGAAGCAUACCUUGGAAAGCCAAUUAAAAAUGCUGUAAUUACAGUUCCAGCUUAUUUCAAUGAUUCAUAAAGAUAAGCUACUAAAGAUGCUGGAUAAAUUUCAGGUUUGAAAGUUUUAAGAAUAAUUAAUGAACCAACAGCUGCUUCUAUUGCAUAUGGAUUAGAUUAAAAAUAAAAAGGGGAAAAAAAUGUUUUAAUAUUUGAUUUAGGUGGAGGUACCUUUGAUGUUAGUUUAUUAACAAUUGAUGAAGGUAUAUUUGAAGUAAAAGCUACAUCUGGUGAUACUCAUUUAGGGGGAGAAGAUUUUGAUAAUAGAUUAGUAGAAUUUUGUUGUAUGGAAUUCUAGAAGAAGAAAGGAAUUGAUUUAAGAUCAAAUGCUAGAGCUUUGAGAAGAUUAAGAACUUAAUGUGAAAGGGCUAAAAGAAUAUUAUCUUCAGCAAAUUAAACAUCUAUUGAAAUAGAUGCUUUAGCUGAAAAUGAAGAUUUUAAUUGUUCAAUUACAAGAGCUAAAUUUGAAGAAUUGUGUCUAGAUCAAUUUAAAAAAUGUAUCCCUCCAGUAGAAUAAGUAUUAAAAGAUAGUGGAAUGUCGAAGAGUCAAAUUCAUGAAGUAGUAUUAGUAGGUGGAUCAACUAGAAUACCAAAAGUUUAAGAAUUAUUAAAAGAUUUCUUUAAUGGAAAAGAACUUAAUAAAUCUAUUAAUCCAGAUGAAGCAGUUGCUUAUGGUGCAGCAGUCUAAGCAGCUAUUUUAACAGGAACUGGUUCAUAAAAAUGCGAAAACAUUGUAUUAUUAGAUGUAACACCUCUUUCAUUAGGUAUUGAAACAGCUGGUGGUGUUAUGAGUGUUCUUAUUCCAAGGAAUACAACGAUUCCAACAAAAAAGAGUUAGAUUUGUACAACUUAUGCAGAUAAUUAGUAAGGAGUUCUUAUUCAAGUUUAUGAAGGAGAAAGGUAGAUGACUAAAGAUUGUCAUAAAUUAGGUUAAUUUUAAUUAGAUGGAAUUGCUCCUGCUCCAAGAGGGGUACCAUAAAUCGAAGUUACUUUUGAUAUUGAUGAAAAUGGUAUUAUGAAUAUUUCUGCUGAAGAUAAAGCUACUAAAAAAUAGAAUAAAAUUACUAUCACUAACGAUAAAGGAAGAUUAUCUAAAUAAGAUAUAGAUAGAUUAGUCAAUGAAGCUGAAAAAUUUAAAGCAGAUGACGAGAAGAUUAGAUAAAGAAUCGAAGCUAAAAACUCUUUAGAAUCUACCACAUAUCACAUCAAAAAUACUAUGAAUGAAGAACAACUAAAAGAUAAAUUUUCUGCUGAUGAAAAAAGAUAAUUAACUGAUUUAGUUGAAUAAACUUAAAAGUGGCUUGAUUCUCAUCAAAAUGAAGAAGCAGAAGUUUAUAAAGAAAAGCUCAAAGAAUUGGAAUCUAAAUUCCAUCCUAUUAUGUAAAGAGUCUACACUUAAGCUGGAGCAGCUGCUGGAGCCGGACCUUAAAUGCCAAAUAUGAAUAGAGGAAAUGACUCAGAAUUUAAGCCAACUGUUGAUUAAGUCGAUUGA